AUGAUCCAUAUAGACUCCAAAGAAUCACCUCUAUACCUAGGUGACCAUUUAACGCGGGACGAGAGGCUUCAAAGACUCAUUGAGCAAUCCAGAGCUCGAGAACGUUACAUUGAGUCACAAAUAUUACUGGAAAGCAAUGCAACACACUCCAUGAAUCCUGAUGCUAUACGAUUGGAUACAAUUUACGAAGCAGGAAUGUUUUACGUUGCAAAGGUUGGUUUAGGUACGUUUCCUCGUAGUGACCAGCCAUUCAUGAAUUACUAUUUGAUGAUUGAUUCAGGUAGUGAUUUUACGUGGCUUCAGUGCGAUGGUGCCGGUGAAACUUUCACUCAAGAUAUGCCGCUUUAUCCUUGGAACUUGUCAACUACAUUUCGUCCUGUAAUUCCUGUUCCUUGUAGUAACAAAGAUCUUUGCCCGUCAGGUAGGUGCAAUCAUGUUGGUCACUGCACUUACGUAGCAAGCUAUAUCGGUGGAGCAGUUUCAUCUGGUGUUGUUGCUAAAGAGAUGUUCACUCUAGGCUCCAACACUGGUGCCAAUGAAAAUAUCGAGUUAUACGUGGGUUGCGGUCUCCACCAAGAGAAUUUUGAUAGUGCGUUUGGUGAUAAUCAUAAAACUGGCCGCCCUGAUGUCAUUGCAGGAAUACUUGGUUUAGGGCGAAGCCCAUGGUCUUUUCUAGGUCAAUUGGGUUCUGUUGGAGAAGGUAAAUUUUCCUACUGCUUCGAGAGGUUUAACCGAAAUUUCGAGGCAUCCAAAACAUAUUUAAGGUUCGGUGCAGAUGCAACAAAUGUAACCCCAGCUCGAAGAGUAGGUGCAACUCCUCUUGUGAUGCCGGGGCAAUCUCGGAAGACAUUCUAUUACUUAAAUCUAGAAGAUGUUAGUGUAGGUGACAUACCAGUAGGAUUUCCUAGAGGUACUUUCGAGCUUAGCAGUCAAGGAGAAGGUGGUACUAUGAUAGAUUCUGGUAGUCUAUUAUCCUCAAUGUAUAAACCUCAUUAUGACAAAGUUCUAGGUUUAGUGAAGGCACAUUUUAGCAAGCUCGGAGUUAAAUACGUUGGUCGCAGACAAGUUUUGAAUGUUUCUUUGGAUGCUUGUUUCCAGGGAGAAUUUAAUGAUUUCAACUAUCCUCCUAUAACACUUCAUUUUGAACAAGCAGACUAUGUUAUUUCAGAUCAUAGAUCUAAUUUUAUUAGAUUAACUGGGGACACCUUUUGUUUUGGCUAUUUGCAAAAAAGUACCACUACUGGCCCAGCUUUUAAGUUAGGAGCAAUGCAACAAUCAAACAAACGGAUUGUGUAUGAUACCAUGGUUGAUGCGCUCUACUUCGGUGAUGAGGAUUGCAAAUCAGAUUCGUUGAGGAGUGCAAAUCAGAUUCGUGAAACUAGGGACAAUGACAUGCAUCUAGCUGGGCAUUAG